GUUCUUGUCAAACGCGGUGAUAGCCUUCACUGCGUUUGAAAAAACGGUGAAUACCAAACAUGUGUAGUUUUGGAAAUUUUUUUAUAACUUAUGUAUUUUGAGAUUUUUUUUUUAGAACAUGUGUACUUUGAAAUUUUUUCCAUUAUUCACAAAAUAAUGUUCUUCUGUUCCACCCUGUCAAUUGGAGAAAGGAUUAGUGAAGGGACCCAUUAUCGGUUUGGUUUUUGUACAUUCUUUCGUUGUAUUGCUGGAUAAGGAAUUUGGAAGAAAAAACUAAACCCAGCAGAUAAAUAAAAAAAUAAAUGGAAAUAAAAAUCCAGAAAACAAAAUUUGUGGUUGCCAAUUGUCUAUCAAGUAUUUUUGUCCCCACACCCACCCAUGUAACCAAUCCAAUUCACUCACUCUCUCUCUCUGUCUCUCUCUUCCCCCAAAUGGAAGGAACAACCUUUUCUACCAAAAAGAAAUACAGAGAAAGAAAGAAUUCAACAAAAACAGCAAAAAUAGAAGUCUGAACUGAAUUUUCUUCUUGGUGAGUAAGCAUGAUGUGAUCAUUAGGGCACUAAACAGAAGCCAUAUUAUAACGAUUAAACUAUUAUUAAAUGAAAAGCAGACAGCUUCAGGAUGAAACGAAUGAAUUAAUUUUAAUUAAUCAUGUGAGAAACGAAAAAAAAAAAUGCAAAGAAACAAAACUGGGAAGAAGAUAAGGAGGCAAAGAUCCAAUACCCACCCACCCCACCCUCCCUUUUCUUCCCUUCUUCCUUCACCAUUCACAGCAUUGUUCAUUGACUAUCCAUUUAGAUUAGAGAUUCCCAUAUGCAGACCUUGUUUGUUUGCCUUCUCCCACCCUUUUCCUUUCUGUAAGAUUUAUGGGUUGUUGUGGGUUUCCCUGGGUUAGGCUUUAGCUUGAGUGAUAUGCACACUCUUGUAUUAAUGGCGUAACCAGAAACUCCCAUAAAACCAAAAAGGUCGAGACUUCAAAUAGCCCAAAAACAUAGCCCGAAACAGCAAGGUUACAGUCAGCAAUUAAUUGCUUGGCAGGGUGGUAGAGAGUCACAAUUAGACAGGGCUUGGCAGUUUCGUAUUAUUAGUAGGAGCAAUAGAAUAAUCCUAUAAGCGAAUAGGAAUAUAGAAGUAACUGAAGCAAAAAACAAAGGAGCAAAAGCGGAAAGGGGGUUAGGAGAGAGAGAAACCUGAGCUGUUGUUGUAGUUGUAGGAAGGAGGAGGGGAAGGGGAUGUCUGGUAGCGGCAGCAGUGGCGGCGGCGGGAGGUGCAGUUGUGUAGUAUGGCUGAGGAGAGAUCUGAGGAUAGAAGAUAACCCGGCGUUGGCGGCUGGGGUUAGAGCAGGGACGGUGGUGCCGUUGUUCAUAUGGGCGCCGGAAGAGGAAGGCCAUUACUACCCUGGAAGGGUUUCCCGUUGGUGGCUGAAGCAAAGCCUCGCCCAUCUCGAUUCCUCCCUACGCAAUCUCGGCGCUCCUUUGCUGACCAAGAGAUCGACUGAUUCCCUCUCAACUCUCCUUCAGGUCGUCCAAUCCACCGGCGCCACUCACCUCUUCUUCAACCACUUAUAUGAUCCUUUGUCACUGGUUAGGGAUCACAGAGCGAAGGAAGUUUUGACAGCUAGUGGAAUAGUUGUGAGAUCCUUCAAUGCAGACCUUCUCUAUGAACCAUGGGAUGUCACUGAUGCUCAAGGCCUUCCUUUCUCCACCUUUGAUUCCUUCUGGGAGAGAUGCCUUACCAUGCCUUACGAUCCUGAAGCUCCGUUACUCCCACCUAAGAGGAUUAUACCAGGUGAUGUCUCGAGAUGUCCUUCCGAUAUGUUAGUAUUUGAAGACGAAUCGGAGAAGGCGAGCAAUGCACUCCUCGCUCGGGCAUGGUCACCUGGAUGGAGCAAUGCUGACAAAGCCUUGACCACAUUUAUCAACGGGCCGUUGCUUGAGUACUCAAAGAAUCGUAGGAAGGCUGACAGCGCCACGACCUCGUUUCUCUCUCCUCACUUGCAUUUUGGGGAAGUUAGUGUGAGAAAGGUUUUUCAUCUCGUUAGGAUGAAGCAGGUUCUGUGGGCCAAUGAAGGAAACCAAGCUGGGGAAGAUAGCGUGAAUCUGUUUCUUAAGUCGAUCGGUCUUAGGGAAUACUCGAGGUACAUGAGUUUCAAUCAUCCGUACAGUCACGAGAGGCCUCUCCUAGGGCACCUCAAGUUCUUUCCAUGGGUUGUGGAUGAGGGAUAUUUCAAGGCAUGGAGACAAGGAAGGACUGGGUAUCCGUUAGUCGAUGCUGGAAUGAGGGAAUUGUGGGCCACGGGAUGGAUGCAUGACCGGAUAAGAGUGGUAGUUUCAAGUUUCUUUGUUAAAGUUCUUCAACUUCCAUGGAGAUGGGGGAUGAAGUAUUUCUGGGAUACGCUCUUGGAUGCUGAUUUGGAGAGCGACGCACUUGGUUGGCAAUAUAUUUCUGGAACGCUCCCUGAUGGACGUGAGUUUGAUCGCAUCGAUAACCCACAGUUUCAGGGUUACAAAUUCGACCCUAAUGGUGAAUAUGUCCGUCGCUGGCUUCCCGAGCUAGCCAGGCUGCCAACCGAAUGGAUCCAUCACCCGUGGAAUGCACCUGAAUCAGUCCUCCAAGCAGCUGGCAUCGAAUUGGCUUCCAACUAUCCUCGUCCCAUUGUAGGAAUAGAUGCAGCAAAAGUCAGGUUGGAAGAAGCACUCUCAGAGAUGUGGCAACUCGAGGCUGCUUCGAGAGCUGCAAUCGAGAAUGGCACUGAAGAAGGUCUGGGAGAAUCCUCUUAUGACUUGGAACCCAUUGCAUUCCCUCAGGACAUACAAAUGGAGGAGGAAGAACAACAGCAGCAUCAUGAACAACCUAUCAGAAACAACAAUCCUUUGGUAGCUGUUCGCCGUUAUGAAGAUCAGAUGGUGCCGAGCAUGACGACUUCUAUCCUUAGAGGGGUGGAUGAUGAGGAAGCAUCUGCAGAUGCCCAAAAUGCUGCAGAAGAUAGCAGAGCUGAAGUUCCAAGAAAUUUAAAUCAAGAACUGAGAGAUGCUUCAAACGAAGAGGUUAUGCAGACUGUUCACAGGGUUAACCCUUUGCCUCAAGUUAACUUGCUUAGGGUUGGGGGAAAUGUUGCAGAAGACUCGGCAUCAGAAUCUUCUUCGAGCACUAGGAGGGAGAGAGACGGGGGCGUGGUUCCAGUUUGGUCUCCUCCUCCAACUGCAAGUUACUCGGAUCAGUUUGUUGGUGAUGAAAAUGGAAUCAGUUCGAGUUCUUCUUACUUGCAGAGGCAUCCUCAAUCUCACCAGAUACUCAACUGGAGGCGGCUGCCCCAGACUGGGUAGUAGGCGUCUUUUGAGUCCAUGCUAGGUAAGGUAUCAGCUCAUUAUUGAGUUCAUCCUUUAGUCAAUUAGACAUGGAUGGUUUCUUAACCGAAAAAAAAAGUAUUUGUGUUGCACAUGAGCAAGAUAGCCUGUUUUUACACUCCCAUGUGACGAAUCUAAUUAGUUUUGGCUUUGUAUCGCCAACUUUUUUUCUCUUUUAUCCUUUAAAAACUAAGAACAUAUUCCAUGACUUCUCUUUCAUCUUUGUUCUUCAACUUUAGAUCACAACUUUCCCUUUGUUUUGCGUUCUGAUUCUGCUUUCUGUUGGCAGGUAAGGUACACACGUACUGGUGUAGAGGCAGACUGAUUGAAGAACAUGGCAACGAUGCUUUAAUCCCCGUGAACCCAGUGUGUUGUUGACAUCAAAGAGUCCCAAGUAAACCGCCCUUUUUCCACGAUACACAGUAAGCUGAUCACUGCAGUGAUGACCUCGAAUGUGGAUACUACUACGACUACUACUAUCAUACGAAUCAGGCAGGCUAUAUUGCUAUCGUUCCACUCCUACUUAUUUGUGCCAUGUAUGUAAUUUGUAUGCUGUAUAGUUUUUUCAUACUUUUUUCCUUCUUCUGGGUUCGUGUUGUAAGGAAUGAUAAGAUUUGACAGGGUUUGUAGCUGGAUAAUAAAUUACAGUUUGUGCUCCGACAUUGAAAUUUAUUUGGCUCAGAAUAGGCAGAUGGUUCAACAUUUGUAUUAUUUGUUUACAGUGCUUGUCAACUGAAUGCUGCCCAACUGCCAGAGGACAAUGAUCAUGCCGUGUUCCCUCCCUUCCUCUUGACAUUUGUUGCUGUCAACGGCAAAUGACAGAACUUCAUUCCUUUUCAUUUCAACUCCUGCAUGUAACUCUGGAAGCAUACAUAUCCAUGUUUCCUUCAGGUCCUUCUCCUUGUGCUUAUCUCAUCUCUUACAUUGAAGGAGGAAGUAGACUAGACUUCAUAGCUCCCAACCAACUCUCCCCAAUGUUCAUAUUCACCUAAUCAUUGAUAUUAGACAUCCAAUUCUGAAGCAUGCUACCUGUAGAGGUGAAACCUAAUCAUCGAAAGUAGGAGAAUUCCUCUCCUUCAAGUUGUACCAACAAAAUGCUUGUAGUAGAACUUUUGUGCACCAAUCUUUGGGGCUCACAGAUUUGAGUCGAGGCCAAUCUCUAAUGACUGAUGAAAUUAGUGGCGUAGCCAGAAUUUUAGUUUAGGUAUGUCUAGCUUAGUGAAAUAAUGUAUAAUUUAUUAAUGUUUUACAAUGUUUCAUGAUGUAUUCUCAUCAUAUGAAAAGUAUUUAAAAUGCAUUCAUCAUCCAAACUACCAACGAUGUCACUCUGUCCCAAUAUAUCUAGCGAAAAGUCGUUUAUGGAACAAUAUAAUAUGUCACAAAAUAUGUUAGAUGUUAUGUUACAUAUGAACCAUGAAGUCUUGACUAAGUUAGUGGUGAAGAUGUUGGUUCAAAUAGGGGGUCCUUUGGCUCUUCCUUUCGACAAACUAUUGAUAAUAUAUUUUCCAUGUUGCAAAAUCGCAACAAUGGUCCUACUAAAAGAACCGUUUAUUGGAGCCCAAGAUCGAUAGGUGGUUUUAGUGGUGUGAAAUAGUUAAACCAUGAUCACACCACAAUUUCGUCAUAAAACACAUUAUCAUUGACUUUUACGGUACAACAUCUGAAAUGAUUUUACAAUCUUUGAUAUUUUUUUAUGUGUGUGUUUCAUAUUUGAGGAGGUGCAUGGGGGAGCGGAUCCUCUCAGUAAUCUUAUGGUGCACAAUCAUGCACAACCUGCCACAUCAGUGCCACAUCCCCUCAACAUCUACGUGGUUUGAAAGUGUAUCAUAGUGGUAUGAACAUACCAGACUGUAGAAUGGUUGGAUACAUGAUAGUAGAAAUAUACUAACCAUCAUUAA